AGCAACCAUAUCAGUCGGCGUACUCCAUGGCCACAGUCCUACUCGACGGCUCCAACCCGGCGGUGGUUCGCGUGCGGCAGCUCAUCGACGGGACCGAAUCUUCAGAUGGGUGGACCAGGUGCUGGGAAGAAGGCCUGACGCCGUGGGACCUCGGCGAGCCCACCCCGGCCGUCGUCGAGCUCGUCAAGUCCGGCACCCUCCCCGGCGGCGGCGGCACCACCGCCACCGUCCUCGUCCCGGGAUGCGGCGGGGGGUACGACGCGGUAGCUCUGUCCGGCGCCGGACGCUUUGUCGUCGGCCUCGACGUCUGCGACGCCGCCAUCCAAAAGGCCAGACAGUGGUCGUCGAUAUCGCCGGACGGGAACUUCAUCGCCUUCGUCAACGCCGAUUUCUUCACCUGGGAGCCACCCAAGCCAUUCCAUCUCAUCUUCGACUACACAUUCUUCUGUGCUAUUGAUCCAUCCUUGAGAUCAGCAUGGGCAAGGAGAAUGUACGACCUACUCCGACCAGAUGGAGAACUCAUCACCCUCAUGUACCUGGUUGAAGGCCAGGAGUCCGGGCCACCAUUCAACGCCACUGUGCUCGACUAUGAGGAGGUGCUGAAUCCCUUGGGUUUCGUCAUUGUCUCCAUUGAAGACAAUGGAGUGGCCGUUGAAGCAAGAAAGGGGAUGGAGAAAAUGGCAAGGUGGAAGAAGAUGGCAAACUGAGCGAAAAAGGAGAUUCUCAUUACUCUUAAUUUUCAAUAAAAUAGCAGUGGAUGGGCAUGACAUGCAAAACAUCAAGCUAAGCUGAGCCGGGUUACCACCGCUAAUGUUUACUAGAUACACUUGAUCAUACAUGAUCAAUCCCUGCCCUCGCCAUGAUCGCGGAUUCCCUGCCACCCGGAGCGAGCGCCCUUGGCUUGGAAUGGGUGUUUUUGCAUCUUGCGCAUGCAGCCGCGCCCUUUUUCAUUUCCCCGCCGUAGUCUUCUUAGGUCCACGUCGGCUGGACUCACGAUACCCCCCUGUAUUUCGUUGCUGUCUCGCAAUCCGGUCCGUGGUGUAAUCGAGUUUGCUUAUGGAAUCAAUCUGCCUUCUCUAUUUUA